GCGCGGAUUGUCCACCAUCUCAACGCUUCGGGCGGUGUCAUGUCUUAACAUUUAUCCCCCUAACAAACAACUGUUUUCGCCUGGAUACUGCUUUCCCUGGUUUCUCAAAAGGACGGACGGAUUAUGUUCAGGCCUGGCCUGGGACCAUUAUGUGUGUGGAUAACUGAGUAUUGUCAGAUUGUAGUCUCUUCUCACCAUCAAUUAUUUUAAAGGGAUGAAACGGAAAAGGGCAUAUAUCCUUCACCAAAGCAAUGAGUGAGUCAUCAUCCUUUCACUCAGCAAAGCUUGUGUCACUGGCGCGAUCUCUGUCUGGGUUUGGACUUGAUGCUGCCAAUGGAGGACCUGUCAACCUCCCUGACAGCAGUGAGCCCCCGCCACCGGAGUCUGGCAUUGAUCUUGGACCUGGACUUUUUUUUGCUGAUGGCAAGAGGAAAGUGGACUACAUACUUUGUUACAAAUACAAAAAGAGGCGUAGCUCUAAGCCCCGAUUGUCCAUUUCUUCCAAUGGAAAUUUGCCAAUAAUUCUACCGGUUCGACUGGAAGCAGAAGCAGAAUCUGGGGAGGCAGGUGGAGCAGGAGGGGAUGCGGAAGACUCAAAGCUUACUGAGGAGGAGAAAGCUCUGAUGAGGGAGGAGUUUGAAGCAGGUCUGCUGGAGGCUGGACUACAGAUUGAACGUGACAAAGAAAAGUUAAAUGGCAUUAGCUUCAUUCGACUGCACAUCCCAUGGUCAAUUCUCAGUCGUGAGGCAGAGUUACAGAAGAUCAAGGUAGCUGUGAAAAAGAAAUGUGAAUUGCGGAAAAGGACAGGCAUUGCUGGAAUGUGGGAUACUGUCAUCUCCCAACUAAACAGACCAUUUCAGCCUGAUGUCCCUGACAACGACAUCCACAAAGACUCGCAGUCACGUGUCAAUUUCAAAACUCUCAAACACUCAUUCAUCAGAGAUAAGCUCCACCUGUAUGACAUCAAGUCAACAGCAACUUUAUUUGACAACGCAACACGGAGCAGAAUAGUUGCUGAAAUUAUUUCACGCACUACCUGCACACGCACUUGCCAAACCACAGGCAUCAGCUCAUUACUGGCUCGAGGUGUUUACAUUUCUGCCUUCCCACUGCAUGAUGGUCCAUUCACACGGAGAGGAACAAAAGAUCAACGAAAUGAAAGACAGCUGCUUCAUGAAGAGUGGGCCAACUAUGGAGUCAUGUUCAAAUAUCAGCCUGUUGACCUGAUCAGGAAGUACUUUGGAGAGCAAAUUGGGUUAUAUUUUGCCUGGCUGGGUGUUUAUACUCAGCUUCUCAUUCCACCCUCUGUGCUGGGCAUCAUUGUCUUCCUGUAUGGCAUACUUACCGUAGAUACCAAUGUGCCAAGUCAGGAGACAUGUGAUGACAACCUGAAUAUCACAAUGUGUCCACUGUGUGAUGCCGUGUGUGAUUACUGGCGUCUGAGUUCAGUAUGCUCAUUGGCUCGAGCCUCAUACCUGUUCGACAAUGGAGCUACUGUUCUCUUUGCUAUUUUCAUGUCCCUUUGGGCUGCAUGUUUUCUUGAGCACUGGAAAAGGAGACAGAUGUGUCUGAAACAUUCGUGGGACCUUACAAGCUUGGAACAUGAAGAGGAGCGAGUUCAGGAUGAACUGAGACCUGAAUAUGAAGAAGCUCUUCAGGAGAAGAAAGCUAAAUUGAAAGCACAAGCUAAAAAGAAGUUGACUCAAGCUGGAGAAAGUGUGGAUGGAGAAACCGAUCAAAUGCUGGCCUCCCAGCCAGAUCCCGAGUCCUUGGACAUUGAGGAUCACCUGUCAGGUUACGUCAUCAAUGUGUCCACCUUGCUGCUUCUGAUUUUUGUCACCUUCUCUGCAGUGUUUGGAGUGGUAGUUUAUCGCAUCUGCAUGUUAAGUGUGUGGUCCAUGAACCCUGAUCCGGAAGCCAAGGCCAGUGUGAGGAUGACAGUCACCACCACAGGCAUCAUCCUCAACAUGCUGGUUGUUCUGGUAUUAGAAGAGGUCUAUGGCGCAAUCGCUGUGUGGCUGACUGAGCUUGAACUUCCAAAGACAGAGGAAGAGUUUGAAGAAAGGUUAAUCUUUAAGUCUUUCUUUCUGAAAUCCAUGAACGCCUUUGCCCCUAUUUUCUAUGUUGCCUUCUUCAAGGGCAGGUUUGCUGGGCGGCCCGGUGAUUAUGUUUACGUGUUUGGAGACUAUAGAAUGGAGGAGUGCGCUCCUCCAGGUUGCCUCAUUGAGCUGUGCAUCCAGCUCAGCAUGAUUAUGCUCGGAAAACAGCUCAUUCAAAACAACAUCUUUGAGAUUCUUAUCCCUAAAAUGAAAAAGAUGUACCGAACUAUACAAGAAGAAAAAGGAAAGAAAAGAGCGGCAGAGAACGAGGAGAAUGAAACAGAAGAGAUAAGACCAAAACAACAGUUUGACAAAGAUUUUGCUCUUGAACCAUUUGAGGGUGUUAGUCCAGAGUACAUGGAGAUGAUUAUCCAGUAUGGAUUUGUCUCUCUAUUUGUGGCUUCCUUCCCACUGGCACCUGCAUUUGCUCUGCUCAACAACGUCAUUGAGAUUCGGCUGGAUGCUGCAAAAUUUGUCACCGAGAUCCGGCGACCGGAUGCAGUCAGGUGUAAAGACAUAGGGAUUUGGUACAACAUUCUGUGUGGAAUCAGCAAGUUCUCUGUCAUUACCAAUGCAUUCGUCAUCUCCUUCACAUCAGAGUUCGUUCCAAGAAUGGUCUACCAGUACAUGUACAGUGGAAACGGCACCAUGAGUGGCUACACAGAGCACUCGCUGUCUUACUUUAAUGUCAGCAACUUUCCUCCUGGCACAGCACCAACCACCACACUCAUCACCGGUGUCUCCAUGUGCAGAUACAAGGACUAUAGAGAUCCACCAUGGGCAUCAGAUGCGUACACUUUCUCCAAACAGUACUGGUCUGUCCUUGCUGCUCGACUGGCUUUUGUAAUAUUCUUCCAGAACCUUGCCAUGUUCCUCAGUAUGCUGGUGGCUUGGAUGAUCCCAGAUGUCCCACGGUCACUGCGGGAACAGCUGAAAAAAGAGAACAUGGCAUUGAUGGAGUUCUUACUUGGACAAGACCAAGAAGCAUGUGCCAAAACUCUCUCCCAAAAAUCCUCAAGCCCUUGCUUUCCUGCCAACAUAGACAUUGUAGUGGAGGAGGCACCAGAGGAGGAGGAUGUGUGCCAAGUGGGGGAGAAAGAGGAAGAAGUGAGGGUUGAGAUCAGUCUGGAUGAACCUAACAGGUUUGAUACCAACCCAGAGGUAUAUAAAUCAUUUGAAGAGGCUGAAACUAACAUGGAAGAUGAGCCAAAAGGUGAAGAGUGUGAGGAAACUGGUAAGGUGGAAGGUAAAGAAAAGGAAGAAAGUGGAGAAGUGGAGGAAGAGGAUGAAGGAGAAAAGGAAGACAGCAGAAAGAGCAAUGAAGGUCAAGUUUAUGAAGCAAUGGCAACUGAGGAGGAAAACUUUACUGUGGAUCUGGACUCUUUCAUGAGUGAGCUGGGCCUGUUAGAUGAAGAGCCUUCAUCAAGCAUGGUUGAGAAAAAAGAGCUUUCUCGUUCAGAAUCCAAGCAAAGUCAACAGAAGGACAGGGAACCUGCGUCCCAUCCCUCAUCCCAAAGAGGCUCAUCCCAGAGUCUGAGAGGCUCCAGGCCAGACAUUACAAAAUCAAAUGUUGAAACUCGGAUGUUGACUCUAAUUGCUCCACCCCCCAGAGAGCCAGACACAAGGGUAAAAUCCCGCUGCUCCACCCUUCCUUCCCACUACAGAGGUGCUGAGACUUGCUACAGCCUGCCCCGGCCCAGCCAAUCCACCAGCCUCACAAAGCUCCAGCAGCAGCCCUUGCUCACUGCCCUGGUUCCUUUGGGCUCCAUUUCCCCGAAACCAUCCUCUCCUUUGCACAGCCCUGUGUCCCUGUCAUCUCCACAGACACCGUUGACCCAACAGCCCCAAGCCUCAAGUGAACUUUUCAUGCUGAAAGGCCCUCCACCUCAGCUGCCACGUUCCAGGGGCAAAACCCGCUGCUCCACUCUGCCUCCCCGGCAGAGAGCACCCGGUCCUGAGCAGGCGACCUCGGGACCGAGUCAUUCCUCCAGUUGCGUGAAGCUUGGAGACCGCAUUCCACCAUCACCCAGUGAACUGAAGCGUAAUAACACUCCAGUAUAGGGAGACCAAGGAGUGGGAGCUGUAGGCUGCAAAGGGAACGGACCAGAUCAGCCUCUUCUGCUUGUGCCUGAGGCUGCAUCCUUCCGGCUGCCCUUCUCACCUACAUACACCUGGGCUCUACAGAGGGAGCAUCCAGGUCAAAUGAACAUAAUUUAAAUCCUUGUAACUUCACACGUAAUACUAUUUAUAUCAUUUUUUUUAUAUCAAAAAGUGUUUUAGAUCUGAAGAGGUCAGAGAAAAGUUCCUCAGAAACUCAUUUUUUAUGCCAUGAAAAAUAAAGACUCAAGUUGUUCUAUUUCUAUUUUACUUCAUUUUUGAAAGUUGUUUCAUUUUAAUCACAUGCAUAUCUCAUAAGGCGCUGCAGUGUUGUUUGCAUUUAUUUUUUAUUGUGAUUGUUUUACACACAUGCAGCAAUGCUACUGUAUAGACCGGUUUAAGGUGACACCUAGAAACAAGAGCUCUGCUUGUAGCGUUUUUGUUUGUUUUCAGAGAUUUUGAUAUAUAAAAGAUGUGAAAUUCUAAU